GGAACAUUUCCGGCGGUCCAGCACAACUUCCAACCUCCAACCUCCAACUCUCAGCUCCCAACCUCCAUUCCUCUUUUUCUAUUGAAGGCAUAUCGUGAGACGAAGCACUCGUUUCUGUGCCCACCAUGGCGUUGUCUGAGAAAACAGCCCGCGUACUUGACCAAGUCAAAUCGGUAUGUACUGGUACAUGGCUCAAUCCCAAAUCCUAAAUACCACGUUCCAACAUGGCACAUCAGGGCAACCAACCGCGUAUUGGACUGAUUUCGUUGGUGUUUAGGGUCUUUCCAUGCUGUACAUGGUGGAUUAUUUCACGGAAGACGAAUGGAUGAGCAUUGACCUGUGUAUCCACAAGGGAAAAUAUGUUUUUACAGAUGGGCCUCCGAGACAUAUUUUGGACAUGAGCGAUGAUGGUCAGGGCACAGCAACGCCAAUUGGUCUACAGCCGGAGACAAUUGGUUCUUUACGUCUUACUGAGGGGAAGGGAAUUGGGAGGGGGAUUUCACCAGGUACUUCUGCAGAGGAGACAGAUGCUCUUGAUUCUUUUGGGGAUCCAAGCCCGGAGCUGUCCUCACCUCCCUCUUCCACCGAGGAGCCUACGCAGACUCCAGACGAGAAGAUAAUUUCUUGGGCAGAUGAGGUGCAAAAGGAGGAGGAUAAUACAUUUGAGCUAUCUACGGAGAUGUCACGACCUCCACCCACUCCAAAGCCAGUCGAAAUAACGAAGGAAUCCAAUAGACCACUGUUUACUCAAGAACAGUUGGAAGAGGCCAGGGCCCUUAAAGAUCAGUUCACCCGUAAGCCUGGUUCGAAGAAAGUGUCCAGCGCGGCCUCCCACAGUUUAAGAGGAAGCAGCAAAUGGGCCCCGGAAAGCGCAAUUUCAGGAGACCACGAAAGGCAUAGGGUCAACCAGCGGGCAAGAGAUGUCACUGCUCUCCAGACAACACGAAGAACCUCUGUCAGAUCGCUUCAAGAUCCGAAAGUUGCAAGGGCGCUUGCCUCGGUAGUGACUUCCUUGCAAUCAAAAACGUUGGAACUUCAACCAGAAAUGGUAGUGGUCGCUCGAGCCGAUGCAUCAAAAAAAUCCAGCAUAAUCAUGGAGGUGAGAGCUGGCGAUCCAAUCAAAGUGACAAAACAUGUUUCUGGCAUCAUGUACUUCGGGCAAAACUUACGCACUGGAGGCAGUGGGCAAUUUUCGAUGAAUAAUGUUCAACAAAAGAUUCAUCAGGAGGAAUCUGCCCCUUCAGCUGCAUCUUCGUAUGCUGCUUCUAUUCCCGAGCCUCCACCAUCGGAGCCCGAAACGGCGUCCGUUGAUUUAGAGGGGUUUGAGAAGAACAAUGCCGCCCAAUGGAGCGAACCGGCAGCGCCUAAACGCGCUCGAGCAUCACGACCCCCACCAAACCUUGGUGGUUUGGGCGUAUCGAGAUUCGCCUCUUUGGAGGACGAGAUGGCUUCGAGCUCCUGUACAGACAGCGAACAUGGGCUAUCCAGGGAGAUAGCCGCAGACGCCAUGGUAAGCCACCCUCCAUUUCUCCGACUCGAAAAAUCCCCCACUGACCUCACCUCCCCCGCUCUGAACAGCUCCAUACCCAACAACAUCCGGGUACAAAUGCACAAAUGCCUCGUUCUGGGUGGAUUCGCCCGCCGAAAACUAGCUGGAAAGAACCUUUGAAACCAGUAUUGCCACGCAGGGAAACUUGCUCGUAUGUUCACAAUUCUUUUGCCCCCCAAACUCAACAUCCCUUGAUAUAUCGCUUCAUAUUCCGUAUCACUUUACUGACCUUGAGAUUGCAAUCAAAGAUUCUGGGCCACGCCAAAUGUAGGUUGCCGCUUCACAAGCGAAGAAUGCCGUGAUCUGUAAGUGAAAAGAGCGCCCUUGCCUCCGAGACACUUUCAUCAACUUUGGUGAACAUUCUUUGGAAACUCCCAAGAACUGACCACGAGAUCUUGAAAACAGGCACGCCUAUGUGGCACUUCCCCCCGGUCGAGAACCUAGAAACAUCCGCGAUGGAAAACCCACAUGGGGCGCAAUCGCGGAUUACCUCCCUCCCUCGAGUGCGGUUACUUCUCCAUUCAUGACCGGAGGCACCUCCGUCACGGAACAUAGUUCACAAGCCUCUGUUUACGAGGACAGCUGGGUCCAGUCUCCCGCCCCAAGGCCACCUUCGAUUCCCACGUCACCUCGUCCAAUAAGGAGCGGUGUUUCGAAAGCCCCUACGACUUGUCCAUAUUGGGCAGACGGCGGCUGUUAUAAGAGCGAUGAAGAAUGCAGGUAUCAACAUACGUUCACAGAAGUGGGUGUUGCUGAGAAGCCGAAGGGUUCUCAUUUGAGGCCUACAAGAGUCGGUGAAAGGGGAGUCCAAGGCUCAAAAUGGAGUCGUUGGGAUAACCCUUCGCAUCCGGCAAGAAAACCGGAGAACCAGACGUUCAGACCAGCUCUUGGGGGGCACGAAUGGAAAUUAGAGGAGGAAAAGAGGAAAAAGGAAGCUUCAGAGAGGGCUGAGAGAAUUCAGGGCGUUGAUGAGAAGACUCCUUCACCGCUCGAAGGAGUAUUGAAGCAGCAGCCAGGGAAACCACCUGCUUGGGAUCGCUCGGGUGAAGUUGAGCUUGUUGAGUCUGUGAAGACUCCUGAGGUCGAUGCCGAUGGAUGGAUUAUCGCGGCUCAACAGGACUUGAAACAGGAAUUGGGUUGGUAGGCCUGCUAGGCUUGCUGGGAAUUUCUCGAGCUUUUUGUGGACUGCGAGAACGAAAACGAAAUUACAAAUUGAAAGAAAGAAAAGAAAGCUCCUUCUAGAGCUGCCCGAAUUUUUACACUCGACUUAACCCCGAACAUCUCCUCGAACCACCAAACUGGAAGGCAUAUGCUAAUUCCUUUUCAGCCAUGAUGCUCCUCGUUGGCUAGUUUUGAUGGCUCGAAAUUAUUUUUCGCGAAACAAAAUCAAAAUAACAAAAUCGAAUUAUUAUCGUCUGUGUGCGAACGGACCGCUGUGCGUCGUCUGAUGUACACGGACGACUCAUCCUUUGGCGAGGCGAUGGGUGGCCAAUGUUUGAUAUGAUGUGAGAGAAAAAAUGAUGGAAAAAAAGACGUUACGUUCUCGAACUUGCCUGGUAGCAAAAAAGAAUACGUUUUGCACAGGAAAAUGGAGAUGCUUACUCAUCUGAGCACGGAAUUAUUGGUUAGAAAAUAUCUAUCCAGUUAGUUUGAGCAUUAGUGAAUGGUGUGGGAUUAAGUGAUUUGUCUACCUAUUUAGCUAUCACUGGAUGUUUUUUGUCUUUUGGUCUAUGGACUGCUAUGCUAUAGUAUCAUAUGUAAAAACAAGAAAUAUAGACAGAAGAGAAAU